GGGAGACCCGACGAAGCUUCCAACUCUAAAUUUUGUAUCAAAAGCGAGAUAGAAAACCCAACGCUUUCACCCACGUUUCCCUAAUUGCCAUUGUUGUUAAUUUAUUUUAACCCCCCGAAUAUCUCCGAAUACUGCUGUUUGGCCUUGACGCCGGUAAAAGAAGAACAAAAAUUCCAGAACGAAAAAGCCCAUGACGAAACCAAAAAGAGCCCGAGUCCAGCAGCAACACCAACAUGCGCGCUCCAACCCGAAUACGAGCCAUGGAGCAGGCAAGAAGCAUCGCAAAAUGAGCUCGUUUGCGAAGCUCUCCACAAAGAGCAGUCACAGCCACAGCAAUACUAGUGGGAAUAAGGAAAACAAGGCACCGGCUGGGAAGAAUGAGAAACAUCAGCACAAGCAGCACAGAAGACCGAUUGUACCAUUCCGGAGGACAGAUCGGAUACUGUUGGUCGGGGAGGGGGAUUUCUCGUUCGCCCAUUCCCUAGCCACGUAUCACCGAUGCAGACACAUAUUGGCAACAUGUUACGACUCGGAAAAGGCACUUUACACCAAAUACCCUCAAGCCGAGAAGAAUAUCGCCGAUAUCGUUGACAACUUGUCGAAGCCCAAGGAUGGCGAAACCCAAGGCCCGAAGGUGUUAUUCUCCGUAGACGCGAAAAAGCUCGGCACCGCACCCGGCGGAGGGAAGAAUGUCCGAAUUGGAUAUCCCAGAAAAGAACGGAAAACACUUACUUGGAAGAAAGAAAGGAGUACAGAUUCCGGAAGGGAUAAUGAGAGGAAGGACAAGGCUGGGCCCUGGGAUGUGAUAUGCUUUAAUUUCCCGCAUGUAGGUGGACUUUCGACGAAUGUGAACCGGCAGGUUAGGGCGAACCAGGAACUUCUUGUUGCGUUCUUUAAGGCGUGUAUACCUCUUCUGGCGGAGAGACUUGAAGAAGUUGACGACAAUGAUGACGAUGAGGAGCAUGGGUGGGGCUCUGAUACAGAUGAAAAUGGGUCUGGUGAGGACGCGAUUGCAAAAUGCGAUGACGAUGACGGCACUGUCAAGGCGAAAGACGAGCGGAGAACGGAACCCGGCCAGGUAUUGAUAACGCUUUUCGAGGGGGAACCUUACACGCUAUGGAAUAUUAAGGAUCUAGCACGACAUGCAGGAUUGCGGGUUGUGACAAGUUUUAAGUUCCCGUGGGCGUGCUAUCGUGGAUAUUCUCACACACGAACGCUGGGGGAAGUUGAAGGGAAGGAUGGUGGAAGAGGAGGAUGGCGAGGUGAAGAUAGGGAAGCUAGAACGUACGUGUUUGAGCUCAAGAAAGACGACCCCGUUGCGUCUGGGGCCACGGGGAAGAGGAGGAAGAGAUCAGCGGAAACAGAUGAUUCCGAGAGUGAUUAGGUAGUAUUUGCAAAUUAUAUGUACAACAAUAAGUAUAAUACCCGCUAUGUCCGGCCCCCACAACUGUAUAACGGCAUAGUAUAAAGGCAUAUUGAGUUAAAAAUGAAGUUCGUACACCAUACAUUCCGUUACAUGAUGUACACUUUCUUCAUAUCACUCUCGUCGUAUAUCUGACCUGUUAUAGGAUCUUUGACUUUGCCUGCGUCGAUGGAGCUGAGCUUCUUGCUCAUAUCUAG